AUGGAGGAUGUGAAGGUGAGGAGUUCUUCAGGCAUAGCCAAGGUCACUGGCAUAGCGCUCUGCCUGGCUGGAGUCUUCACCAUCGCCUUCUUCACCGGGCCGUCAAUAAGCCCUGUGAACCAUCACCUGGCCUUCGCCUCUGACCCAGCACCAGCAGGCUCGAAACCAGUAGUUCCGAAGGGGCCUGCUUUGCUAAAGGAUUGCACAGAUAAGAUGGUUGUGACUGUCACACAGUGCCUGUUCAGCACGGUGCAAUCGUUCGUUGUCGCGGUGGUCGCGGAGCGGGACUUCUCCAAAUGGAAGCUCCGCUUGGACAUCAGCUUGCUCGCCAUUUUAUACUCAGGUAUUAUGGUGACGGGAGUGUCCUACUACAUGCAAACUUGGUGCAUAGAGAUGAGAGGCCCUAUGUUCUUCGCCGCCUGGACCCCACUCUGCUUCGUGUUCACAAUAUUUUGCUCAUCAUUCUUUCUCGGUGAGAUUGUUCACCUCGGCAGCAUCUUGGGUGGAAUUUUGCUGGUCGGAAGCCUUUACACCAUGCUGUGGGGUAAAAGCAAAGAGGUUAAGACUGACAAUGUCACUCAGGAUACUGAGAAAGCUGAGCAUAAGAAAUCUGCUGAGAGUUACCCGAAAGAGCAACAUCAUACUACGGCAGAGGUCAAGGAAUAA